AUGGUCGAACAGAAAGACCCAAAUGUGUACGCCGGCUCGAAGUCAUCUUCAGACCUUGAAAGGACAACAACAGGACAUCUUGACACGGACAUCGAGAAGCAACACGGGAACUCCUUGCAAUCAACCAACACGACCGACCCGAAUGUCGUCGACUGGGAUGGACCCGAGGACCCUCGAAAUCCGAUGAACUGGACUGGCAAAGCCAAAAUUAUCAACUGCAGUACUAUCAUCUUUCUCACUCUACUGACACCACUUGCAUCGUCCAUGUUCGCCCCUGGUGUUCCUGAUGUCCUGCGAGAAUUCCAUGAGACCUCAGUCACACUUGCUGCCUUCGUCGUGUCGGUCUACCUACUGGGAUUCGCUGUUGGUCCGCUGCUCAUAUCUCCUCUGAGUGAGAUCUACGGUCGUCGUCCUGUCUACAUGGUCUGCAAUGUAGGCUUCAUCGUUUUCACCGUCGCCUGUGCAGUUGCAUCUUCCAUGUCCCAGCUCAUCGUCUUCCGGUUCCUGGCUGGUUGCUUCGGUGUUGCUCCUGUCACUCUCGGAGGAGCGUCUAUUGCAGAUAUGGUUGCACAGGAAAAGAGAGGCGCCGCGAUGAGUUUUUAUGCCGUCGGUCCCUUGCUCGGGCCCGUUAUCGGACCCGUAGCUGGUGCCUACCUGGCGACUGCUGAGGGCUGGCGAUGGGUCUUCUGGUUGAUUACAAUUGCUUACGGAGUUGCGACUAUCAUACACGCAAUCGUUUGCAAAGAGACUUACGCACCCGCCCUACUACGAAGCAAGACCAAGAGAUUACAGAAAGAAACGGACAAUGCCGAUCUUCGCUCGAAGCUAGAUGAUGGGCUCUCCGACCGUGAGCGAAUGUCUCGCGCUUUGGUGCGACCAUUCAAGAUGCUAUGCUUCUCGCCCAUCGUCUUCCUGUCCAGCUUCUACGUCGCUGUUGUGUACGGGAUCUUAUACCUGCUGUUCACAACCUUCACCUUCGUCUUUGAGGAACACUACCACUUCUCCAGCUCCAAUGUGGGACUCAGCUAUAUUGCCAGCGGUAUUGGCAUGUUUGUCGGUCUCGUAUUGACUGGCGCCAGUUCGGAUCGCAUUCUCAAGCUCCUCUCCGCACGCAACAAUGGCGAGAUGAAGCCCGAGUUUCGUCUGCCUCCUCUCAUUUUCCUUGGUAUCACCAUGCCUAUCGGUCUUUUCAUUUAUGGAUGGACAGCACAGAACCAUGUGCAAUGGAGUGUUCCCAUGCUUGGCACGCUCUUUUUUGGCAUUGGUGUAAUCUCAUGCUUGAUUUGCAUACAGACAUAUUUGAUCGAUGCAUUCACCAUGCACGCAGCCUCUGCCAUGGCUGCCAAUACUCUGCUUCGUUCGAUUCUCGGAGGGUUGCUGCCACUUGCCGGUCUCGAUAUGUACGAUGCACUGGGUCUCGGAUGGGGUAACAGCCUGCUCGGUUUCGUUGCUCUUGCACUUCUACCCAUUCCUGUCGUGUUCUACUGGUAUGGAGAGCGUAUCAGAAACAGAUUCCCUGUCAAGCUAUGA